AUGCAGAUUUUUAUAUCCAAUGGUGCUCGUGUUUGUAAGGAACAUAUUUUGAACGAUCGCUUUUACGAAGAUGAUUCGGCCAGAAUAAAAAUCACUUCAAAAUGUUCUCAAAUUCCAGUUGACGAAGUCACAAGACUAAUUGAAGGAUUAACUGUCGAGAGCAAUAAGUCUCUCCUUCAUGAAGCUGGGGCCUUUCAUCUCAGUGAAAAUCGACUAAAAACGCUCACAGGACUCACCAGUGAAAAUAUAAAACAGUUAAGUUCAAUGAUGAAAUCGCUGAAUAAUUCGCAAAACCGAACCAAGGUCGAAGGCUUGAUCACUUUUUUAUUCAAGUUACAAUCUGGAGCAUCAAACAGUAAUAUUGCUACUAUUUUCAAAUUCGAUCGAGAACAACUAGUAUCUGAUAUUUGUAGUGAUGUAAUAAGAGCUUUUGAAACAGAUAUUUUACCUUUGAAUUUUGAUGCUCGCAAAUUACUCAAUCUCAAACAUGAUCAAUUAGCUCUAAUAUUCGACGGUACUUAUCUCAAGCACCAAAAAAGUUUUAAUAAUGAAUUUCAGCGCAACUCAUACUCAGGACAAAAGAAAAUGCCUUUGGUGAAACCUUUUACAGUUACUACAACAAUUGGGUACAUCGUGGAUACAUGUGGCCCCUAUGAGGGUACAAAGAAUAACGCUCACAUCAUGAAAAAGGUAAUGGUUGAUCCACACAGCAUGUUUCAGUUCAUGAAAAAAGGUGAUAUUAUCAUUGUUGAUCGUGGGUUCAGAGAUGUUGUUAGUUUGUUAGAAGAAAAAGAAUUUAUUGUCAUAAUGCCCGCUCUGAAGGGAAAGAGAAAACAACUUCCAACGAAGGAAACUAAUGAGUCGCGUUUUGUAACUAAAUUACGCUGGGUAAUCGAAGGAACUCACGGACAAUUGAAACAGAAGCAUAAGCUUCUCCAUCACCAACUCGAUAACAAACUGCUUCUUAAGGCAAAGUCCUUGAAUCGAAUAGCGUGUUAUUUAAACAAUGAAUUUGGAAAAAGAUUCAAGACAGACGAUAGUUUGAGCGACGAAAUAAUUAGUAGAAUGUUGAGCCAUAGAAAUACCGAAAAUACUUUAGCAAAAGAAGUGGAAGAAGCAAAAUGGAGCCGUCGAGCUACGUCGUUUCAAAAAUUUAAUGCGAAUGAUCUUGAUGAUUUCCCAGAAAUAACUAAAAGGAGUUUAAAAAUUUUAUUUUCUGGUACUUAUCAGCUUGCCAUGGCGAUCUCAUAUUUGGCUGAAAUAUUAGAUGAAAAAAAUGAACUUGAAUUGAAAUAUGUCAAAGCUUAUAAGAACAUCAUCGCAGUUUCAGUACAAUCAUGUCACAUAAAAAGCAAAAUUUACAAAUGCUACAUCGACUAUAAACCCAAGACCCAAGGACUUAGUGGUUGUUGCUGCCAUGUAGCUGCCAUCAUAUAUUAUCUAUCUUGUGCGAGAUAUCAGAGUAGAAUUUUUCGGCCUGCUGAAAAGCUUACAACGCUCUUCCGAGAAGAAGGAGUUGAUUUGGAUGAAGCUAUAAACGAAGAGAAUGCUAGUCACAGUGAAACAAUAUCGACUGUCGGAGAAUCUGCACAAAGAGAAAUGGGUGAGAAAGAAGAGACAAGCGAUAGCGAAGAAGACAAUGACAGGGAUUAA